AACAAAGAGCUGGAAGCCAUCUUCAGUUGGAGGGACUCUUCCAGAUUUUUGCACCUCCAAGGUAGUGAUGGCUCUCCAGAAGACCCUUUCAUUGCUUCUGCUCUCACUGCUGACCCUGCUGGGGCUGGGGCUGGUGCAGCCCUCCUAUGGCCAGUUCAUGUACCAACGAUUCCUGCGGCAACAUGUUGAUUCUACACAGAGAGGUGUCACCAGCUCGUACUGCAACACGAUGAUGGAAAGACGGGGGAUGACUAGGCCUAGGUGCAAGCAAUUCAACACCUUCAUCCAUGCAGACAUCGGCGCCAUUAACAACAUCUGCAGGACCCCCAAUAUCCGGUGCAAGAAUGGCAAGGAGAACUGCCAUGAGGGUGUAGUGAGAGUCACAGGCUGCAGGCUUACAGGAAGUUCCUGGGGAAACUGCAGAUAUCAGGGCAGGGGCAGCUCUAGGCGUGUUGUCAUCGCCUGUGAGGGUAACCCCCAGGUGCCUGUGCACUUUGACGGAUAGAUACUACCCAAGUGGUUAUGGCCCCGUAGUUGACCUUUUACUUAUUCCUUGAAUAGCAAUGAGUAAUACAUUUGAGCUCUCUCAGGCUCUGCCUCCUCUGCUUAUUACUCCCUUUUCUCUAUAUAAUCCAUUCUGUUAAAUGCAUCAAAGAGAAAUGGAGACAUAAACGUAUAAUGGGACUGGGCUUUCUGUAAUAAAAUCUUCUACAAACUCUUCUGCUUCCUUUUAUAAUACUGGUCAGCUUAGCGCUCUCAGAUCCUAUCUUCUGGAAUGUAGUCAUUAUAUGUAUGAUAUAGCAUUUCAAGUAUUUUAAGGUGCUUCCAUCUCAGUUAUCUCAUUUUAAUACCACUGCACCACUGUGGUGCUCAUGUUGCUACAAAAAGGGCCCAACGUUAAAGGAUUUGCUGAAGAACAUGAAGAUAGUGGAAAAGCUGACACAAAAAAUCCAUUUCAAAAAAAAAAAUCCAUUUCAACUGGCUACUAAUCCAGGCCUUUUCCUACUUCAUCACAGGGAGUGCUUUAAAAGUAACUGCUUUUUGAUAUUCUCAAAAGUCAGCUGUUGGGGGAACCAUUAAAAAUUUAGAAAUAUGAACUGACAAAAUGAGAGCUCUGUCUGUAUAAUUUGACAACCUUGUUAUGUUUGUACCUAUAAGAUUAGGAAAUUAUACAGGACUUUCUUUUUCUCUUCACAAACUUUUGAAUCACUGUAGUAAGUCAGAGUAUUAACAAUGUACUAGAUCAUUAAGACUCACUCACUCUUCCUGACUAGGAAGGUUUUUCAUGUUUUCUUUGCAAUAAAGAACUCCAACCACAGAUACCUGUGAAGAUGGUG